UAUGCGGAGUGCAAAGAUGGCUCAGUCCAAGAGUAGACACUAUGUUUCUUUGUUCGUUUCGAUGGUCCUCUUCGUGGGAUCCCUAAACGCGGAGUGUUGCACGGAUGGGGAGACAAAAGUCGAUGCGGAUGAUUGCUCCAAGUAUCUAGCCUGUUGUCAUGGUGAAUUUGUGUCCAAAUCCUGCAAAGACGGGUACUAUUGGAACUCGGAGAAGGGAGACUGCGUUGUAGAUAAUGGCGAGUGCAAGCCGCCAACUUGCGUGGAAGGAUCGAUCACGGCGAAUCCCGACGACUGCGCAGGAUUCUUGGAGUGCGUCGACGGAACCGUAGUGGUCGUAAGCUGUCGAGGAGAUUACUUCAAUGCGACACAGAACAGCUGCGUUCCCGACACCUGCGGAGUUUGCAUCAACUGCACCGAGGGAAGCAAGAAGGAAGACCUAUCCGACUGUGCCAAGUUCCAGAUAUGCGUUAACGGAAAGUACGUGUCUCAGUCUUGCCCCACCGGAGAUUACUGGAACUCAGCGGAUAAGGAGUGCCAGAAGGACGAGGGCCAGUGCAACGGCAGUCCGGGGUGCACGGAAGGAGAACUUGAGGUUGAUCCAACAGAUUGCGCAGGUUACUGGAAGUGCACGAAUGGCAGCUUGGUAAGCGUGAAAUGUCCAGACGGAGCUUAUUUCAAUGCCACGUACAAAACUUGCGUUCCCGAUACUGAUGGAGUUUGCGUGAACUGCGUCGAAGGAGCUCAAAAACCCGAACCCACCGAUUGUACCAAGUACCAGGUUUGCUCGGGAGGCAAGUACGUAACUAAGUCCUGUGAAAGUGGAUACUACUGGAAUAACAAAACUGAAGUUUGUGAAUGGGACAAUGGGCAGUGCAAUGGUAAUGGUACAACAUGUACAGAUGGUGAGGUGAAGGUGGAUCCCACAGAUUGCGCAGGAUACUUGUCUUGUUCAAAUGGUAAAUUUGUGAAUGUGAAAUGCGCAGAUGGAGCUUACUUCAAUACCACACUUGAAACCUGCGUUCCCGAUACUGAUGGAGUUUGCGUAAAUUGCACCGAAGGAGCUCAAAAGCCCGAACCCACCGAUUGUACCAAGUACCAGGUUUGCUCGGGAGGCAAGUACGUAACUAAGUCCUGUGAAAGUGGAUACUACUGGAAUAACAAAACUGAAGUUUGUGAAUGGGACAAUGGGCAGUGCAAUGGUAAUGGAACCACAUGUACAGAUGGUGACGUAAAGGUGGAUCCCACAGAUUGCGCAGGAUACUUGUCUUGUUCAAAUGGUAGCUAUGUGAAUGUGAAAUGCGUAGAGGGAGCUUACUUCAAUACCACUCUUGAAACCUGCGUUCCCGAUACUGAGGGAGUUUGCGUAAAGUGCACCGAGGGAGCCCAAAAACCCGAACCCAGCGAUUGCACUAAGUACCAGGUUUGCUCGGGGGGCCAGUAUGUUACUAAGUCCUGUGAAAGUGGAUACUACUGGAACAACAAAACUGAAGUUUGUGAAUGGGACAAUGGACAGUGCAAUGGUAAUGGCACCACAUGUACAGAUGGUGACGUAAAGGUGGAUCCCACAGAUUGCGCAGGAUAUCUGUCUUGUUCAAAUGGUAGCUAUGUGAAUGUGAAAUGCGCAGAGGGAGCUUACUUCAAUACCACUCUUGAAACCUGCGUUCCCGAUACUGAGGGAGUUUGCGUGAAGUGCACCGAGGGUGCGAUAAAGGAAAAUCCUGCUGAUUGCUCCGGGUACUUGCAGUGCGUGAACGGCAACUAUGUGGCCAGGAAGUGUUCCGCCACACAGUUCUUCAAUGCCACACUGCAGAGGUGCGUCGUCGACACUGAGGGUGUGUGCAUCCCCAAAACCUGCGAUCCGGAUUGUUGCGAUGUCCCCAACAACUCCAUCUGGCCCGUGGAGAAGAAUUGCUCCGCCUUCUACCAGUGUGUGGAUGGCAACAAGUACCAGCAGAGGUGCUCCAACAACUUGCAAUAUAAUUCCGAGACGGAGCAGUGCGACUAUCCCGAAAAUGUGAACUGCGAUGAUGGAUCUGCGCCGCCCAGUGGUCCGAAUGCCGGUCCAUCGGGAACAUACUGCGAGAGCCAUGGACGCUGCGUUGGCCAGCGGGACGGAACCAUGUUCGCCGAUGCCAGCGGGACCUGUAGUUCCGCCUAUGUCGUCUGCCAGUGCGAGUGCGAGGUCAAUUUCAGCUGUUCCUCUGGACUGAUGUUCAACAAGCAGGUCGAUUCUUGCGAUUGGCCCGCUAAUGUAAAAUGCUGAAUGU